AUGCUGGAGAUCCUUGCCUGGUUUUUCCUGGCCCUCGCGGCCUACUGCCUCUUCGCCGUUCUGGCUUGCCCAGGCGGCUACAUCGACAUCGCUGUGGCGGCGAUGGUGACAGCGUGGAAGAGCAAGCCGGCCUUCCGCUACUGUACCAUCGUCGCAGCCCUCCUAUUCCUCCUCGGUCACGAUGCCAACGGUCUCAUCGACGCGUUCAUCGUCGUGGGACUGCGCAUGGUGAAUAUUAUAUACGCAGCUGGUUACCUCCUCGCGGUCGUCUUCGUCUCUUUGGCGUGCUUUGUCGCGUACGUCUUGGUCAGGCUAGUCCAAGACGCGUACAAGGUGCUCAUCGGUCAAGCAAAGCACUUCUUCGAAUCGGAUAGUCUCAAUGUCAAGGAGCGAAACUCCUUGGCAAAACAGCUAUCCGAUUCGAAGAAGCUGCUCACGAAGUUGAGGACCGCUAUCACCAAGAAGAACACGGCAAAUAACGAUAUAUAUUCGGCUAUCCAGAAGCUGGAAAUGGACAUCCAGCUCUCCGGCGGCCGUUUCUUUCAGUCAGUGGAAGCUCGAGCUCAGGUGAACCAUGCGGGUUGCUUGCCCGGUCUACCGCAUAAGGUAGACGGCAUGUCACAAUCCGCCUUGGUCCGGUACUUUACCAGCCAGAACAAGGAGGUUGUGAUCAUGAAGCACACGCUGGCGAACCUGGCCGAGCUCAUCAAGGUGAACGAGAAAGCUGUUGAGAGACUCGAGACGGAAGAGUACAGCCUCGAGCUGCUCAAGAAGGAGCGCAUCGACGAGCUCAGGCUCCUGCAAGAGGAGCACGAGAGGUAUACCAAGCCUCGUUCCUCCCGCCGUUCUCGUUUCGCGACCCCCUCUCCUUCUUCGGCACCUGUGCGGGCUCGUGGGCAUCUCACCCCCAUGACCCCCUACCGUCAGCAGCCAAUGUUCACAGGCUUCCUCAGAAAGCGAACGACACAGACAGCGACGACCAAAGAACAGCCGUCGACAGCUGAGCCGGUAACCACUAAGAGGGCCGGCAAUACCAGCCAAGACGAGCCCUUUGUCCCGUUCGUUGCCCGUGCUCGCCCCCGUUUUACUAGAGAGCGCCGAGACCGAUCCCUCUCGCCGGCACGUACCCCCCGGCCUAUCCGUCAGCGUUCGGACUCCCCUGUCAACCGACACCGAUCGCCCCCAGACACGAUGAUGCCAGAUGCUCCGCCCCUAGCUCCGGCCCCGAAUCGGCAGUAUUUGGACCCCCGAAUGGCGUACGAAUUCCAGGACGUGGAGGAGCUGACCGGCAAGCUCAUAGGCAUGAGCGUCGAAUGCUUUGCCAUGGACAUGGACGAGGAAGAGAAAGACCAGAUGAUUGGCCAAGGUGCCGAGCCAUUCCAGACUCAGUACCAAGCCUUCCCUGCUCUUGCCUCUGCCAUCGCUCCUAUCCCGGUUCCCGCUUCGGCACCAGUUGCACCCUCGUUCGCGCUCUCCGGUCCUGUUAUCCCUUCUCCUGCGCCGCUCUUCGCCUUUCCGCCUGUGUCGGCUACCUUCACUCCACCGACCCCGGUUCAGCAACAGGACACAGUUGCGAACCCGGCCCUUCCUCCGGUGACACCAGCGACGUUUGUAACCCCGUCCGCUUCGGUGAAUAACCAGUCGACCCCUGAGGUCAUCAAGACGACGGCACCAGCAACCGUGCCAGCACUAGCCCCGGCUCCGGCCCCGGCCCUGGCUCUUAACCCGGUUGCUGUUCUUGCCCCUAACCCGUCUAUGAUUCUCGAGGACACGACGGCGACUGUCCCCUCGCCUCCUGACUCUCCCCCGGCCUUCCCCCCGGUUUCUCCCCUCGUGUACGAGCCGAUUACAGCGGCCAUUACCCCGUCCGCGGCAGAGCCAAGGACCCCGCUUACUCCCUCCGCGCCGAAGAAACCGGCCCCGGUCCCCCCAAAGGCAUCCAAAGGCAAGCAGGUCGCUCAUACCAAUGCUGCCACCCCCAGCGAAGCCGGCCCAUCCUCCUCUACCGCCGCCACCACCACCGCUACCUCCGCGCCUCCUCCCGCCGAUAACCCCCUCGCUCUGGAGAAGGAGCGAGAUGAUAUCCGGCCCGUCACACCGGAGCUUCUCGUUGCAGCUGCCCUUGCGUUCCGAGACCAGUUUGUUCCUAAGCAGCUGGUCGACGCAGGCGUGCACUUCACGCAGGUUCAGCAGUGGCAGGACGGCUACGAGGCUCGCCUCCGUGCCAGUCUCGUCGACCAUGUACAAGUCAACCAGCGCCCACCGUGGCCCAGGAACCGAGCGAUCGGCAUCAUCCAGAGCGAGUUCACCCGAUAUUGGGCAGAACGGUGCCAGGAGGAGAUGGAAGAGAUCGACCCAGGUUCCUGGGAGCGGUUGCGCUUGGAGCGAGGCAAGUGGCUCAUGAAGUACUUGCAACGGACCACAAAGGUCACUCAGGUGCUUCGUCCCGUGGGGCACUGA